AUGUGGAUUGUCAACUGGUUCUACGAUGUCCUUGCAUCGCUCGGCCUUCUCACCAAAAGCGCCAAGCUUUUGUUCCUCGGACUCGAUAAUGCAGGAAAGACCACCCUGCUGCACAUGCUGAAGAACGACCGUGUCGCCGUCUUGCAACCUACAGCCCACCCUACCUCCGAGGAGCUUGCCAUCGGCAACAACCGCUUCACCACCUUCGAUCUCGGUGGUCACCAGCAGGCCCGUCGUCUCUGGAAGGAUUAUUUCCCCGAAGUGUCCGGUAUUGUGUUCCUGUGUGACUCCGUCGACCACGAGCGAUUCAACGAGUCCAAGGCCGAAUUGGACGCUCUUCUCGCCAUGGAGGACCUCGCCAAGGUGCCUUUCCUUAUUCUCGGAAACAAGAUCGACCACCCCAAUGCCGUUAGCGAGGAUGAGCUGCGUCACCAGCUUGGUCUCUACCAGACUACUGGUAAGGGCAAGGUUCCUCUCGAGGGUAUCCGUCCUAUUGAGGUCUUCAUGUGCAGUGUUGUCAUGCGCCAGGGAUACGGAGAGGGUAUCAGAUGGUUGUCCCAAUAUGUCUAA